AUGAGAAAUGGUACAGUAACAACAUUCAUUCUGCUGGGACUGACAGAUGACCCUCCACUGCAGGUUUUAAUUUUUAUCUUUCUCUUCCUCACUUAUAUGUUGAGUAUAAUUGGGAACUUGACAAUCAUCUGCCUCAUCUUACUGGAUUCCCACCUUAAAACUUCCAUGUACUAUUUCCUACAAAAUUUCUCCUUCUUAGAGAUCUCAUUCACAUCUGCUUGUAUUCCCAGGUAUUUAUAUAACAUAGCAACAGGUGACAGGGUCAUUACUUACAAUGCCUGUGCUAGUCAGGUAUUUUUUACUGAUUUCUUUGGUGUAACUGAAUUUUUUCUGUUGGCUGCCAUGUUCUAUGACCGUUAUGUGGCCAUCUGCAAACCCUUACAUUAUGUGACCGUCAUGAGUAGUACUGUCUGCAAGAUGUGUUUUUGUUGUUGGGUAGCUGGUCUGUUGAUUAUAAUCCCCCCACUUAGCCUCGGCCUAAAUCUGGAAUUCUGUGAUUCUAAUACCAUUGAUCAUUUUAUCUGUGAUGCAUCUCCCCUCCUGAAAAUCUCUUGUUCAAAUACUUGGUUCAUGGAACAGACUGUUAUAAUCUGUGCUGUGCUGGCCCUCCUUAUGACACUUACAUGUGUAGUUCUGUCUUACAUUUAUAUCAUCAAGACAAUUUUAGGAUUCCCUUCUGACCAGCAAAAGAAAAAAGCCUUUUCUACCUGUUCUUCCCACAUGAUUGUGGUUUCUAUCACUGAUGGCAGCUGCAUCUUCAUCUAUAUCAAACCUUCAGCAAAGGAAUCAGUGGCGAUUAAUAAGGGCGUGACGGUGCUCACUACCUCUAUCGCUCCAGUUCUGAACCCUUUCAUUUAUACACUGAGGAAUAAGCAAGUCAAACAAGCCUUCAAUAACUCACUCAAAAAAAUUGUGAUAUUUUCCAGGAAAUAA